AUGUGCAAAGUCUGCAUCAACGCGAGGUCGGUGAGUAUUCGUUUGCUCUUAGCGGACGAUCAUGAUGUCGUUCGUACUGGAAUUGUGAGUCUGCUGAAAGACUCAGACAUCGAGGUGGUCGCGGUCGCAUGCACCGGCGGUGAAGCGGUGGAACUCGCUUCGCAGGUAAACCCGGACGUUGUCGUGCUGGACGUUCGUAUGCCGGGCGGUGAUGGACUGACUGCAUUGGGGCGGAUCAAACUUGACCAACCCCACCUGCCUAUUCUGAUGUUGUCGAACUACGACAACCCCACCUACGUCGCCCGGGCCGUGGCGCUGGGGGCUAGUGGGUAUGUCUUGAAAGACACCCCGCGAGCUGGAUUGAUCGAUGCCAUUCGUCGAGCGUUCAAGGGUGAAAACUUGUGGACGCGUGACGAGUUGCGACGCGUGACCGGGGCAUUGGCCGCCCCCAGGCUGGGAGUGGAGAGCGAAGUUCCCCUCACGCAACGCGAAGCCGAGGUGCUCAAACUCAUCACCACCGGUCAAACGAAUCGUCAAAUCGCCGAGACGAUGGGCAUUAGCUACGAGACCGUGAAAGAGCACGUGCAGAAUAUGCUUCGCAAAAUCGGCGUCUCCGAUCGCACCCAGGCCGCGGUGUGGGCUGUGCGUCGUGACUUCAUGCGGUGGUCUUGGAAGAUCGGAAAACUCGCCGGCAUUGGCAUCUACGUCAAUGUGAGCUUCCUCGUGCUCAUCGCGCUGGUGGUCAUGCUGGGGUUUGCCAACGAGCGGACCGUGGCGGGCGUGGCGGAAAUGGUGUUGCUGAUUCUGCUGCUGUUCGGAAUCAUCGUGCUGCACGAACUUGGCCACGCCCUGACGGCGCGACGAUUUGGGAUUCGCACCCAGGACAUCACGCUGCUGCUGUUUGGUGGGGUCGCCCGAUUGGAAAGGAUGCCCCGCCAGCCGUGGCAAGAAUUCCUGAUCGCCGUGGCGGGCCCGGCCGUGAAUGUGGUGUUGGCCAUCUUGUUAUCCGUGGUGCUAAUCGCGUUGGCAGGCACUUCGUUCGUGAUGGAAUGGAACACGCUCAACAGCUCGGUGGCGAUGUUCAUCCUGCAGUUGAUCGGCAUCAACGUGAUGUUGGUGCUGUUCAACAUGCUGCCGGCUUUUCCGAUGGAUGGCGGUCGUGUGUUUCGUGCGCUACUGGCCAUGAAACUCGACUAUGUAAAGGCGACCAACAUCGCGGCCAACGUGGGGCAGGCGAUGGCUAUCCUGUUCGGAUUCAUCGGCAUCGUGUGGUUCAACCCAUUCCUUGUCUUCAUCGCGUUGUUUGUGUGGAUGGGGGCAGCGCAGGAGGCCUCUUCUGUGCGAAUCCGCUCAGCGGUAUCGGGUGUUCCGGUCAGCCGCGUGAUGGUGACCGAUUUCCGAGUACUCGCUCCACAAGAUGAACUCAGCCAGGCGGUGGCUUUCGUGUUGGCGGGUUUUCAGCACGAUUUCCCGGUGCUGGAGGAGGGUCGUUUCGUGGGAGUGCUGACUCGAGCCGACAUGAUUAAAGCGCUGGCCGACCAUGGUCAGAACGCUCGCGUGUCUGACGUGAUGCGGACUGAUAUUCAGACGGUUGAUGCGAGCGAAAUGCUCGAACCGGUCAUUCCUCGCCUUCAGAGUUCGCCAGGGCGGACGUUGCCGGUACUGCGCAACGGACAACUCGUGGGGAUGCUUACGACCGAGAAUUUGGGCGAGUUCUUGAUGGUCGAUAGCGCCCUGCGGCACCGGGUGGUGGCAGGAGUACCGCGCCAUAUCGCACAGCCGAGCCCUCGUCCGCCAGCCUAG